AUGGCGGGGCGAGGCCUUGGGUGCCCAGCCUCUUCUCUGUGUGCUUCGCGAACAGCAGGGAGAGGGGCGGUUUCCCGUUCGCGUCUCUCAAGUCCCGUCUCCUCGACUCAGUCGACUUCCGUCUCUUUCCGGAGAACCACACAACCGUUUUGUCGCCAGUGCGACAGCGCUUCUAGCAGCUUCGUGCCAGGCUCGUCUUCGGCUUCUCUUCCUGCUUCUCGUGCCUUGUCCCCUUGCUCCGCCGAGAGGCCCUCUCCGCGCCUCUCUUCUGCUUCGUCUUCCCCUCCUCUUUCGUCUAGUGCCGCGAGUUUGUGUGCUUGUACCAAGCCUACUCUUUCGUCUUCUGUUCUCCGACCCUUCUCGCCCACGGGGGGAGUGCCGAGCAGUUGCAUUUCGCAGGCAAGAAGAACGUUUGCCUCUUUCCGCGCGUGCCUUACUCCCUCGUGUGAUGCGUCUUCCUCUUUUCUUCCUCAGUUGUCGUGCGCCGCUCGCCCGACACCAGUUUUUUCGCCUCCUUGUGUUCGGCCUUCUUCGCGCGGCGCCCACCGGCCUGGGUAUUUCUGUGUUCCCUCUCGACUGCAUCCCGCCGACGCUGCUCUGCACACGCAGAAGAGGAACUGCGGCGUUCGUCUCUCUUCUUUCUCUUCGCCUCGACGCUCUCCCACGUUUGCUCUCUCCACUUCCUCUUCGCUCGCCUGCCGUCUUCCUGCGCCGUUUCUCCCUCCACUCCCGCCAUCGCUUUCCGCGUCUACCGGCCGUCGAUCGCGUCCGCGUUUUCUUUCCGCCUCUUUUUUCUCGCGCGCAUCAUCUGUUUUCACAUUUUCUCCUUUCUCUUCUGCCCUCUCUUUACGCAUCUUUCAUUCCUCUUCUUUUCCCUCGCCUAGGUCCUUUCCGGCGCAAAACCCGUUCGAGGACAGCGGGAGUAGCAGCGAGGAAGAAGACGCAUGGAGCUCUUCACCAUUCGGAGGCUUCGCUCCAGAGGCGCGAAGCCGGAGAGGCGAAGACGCUCAUUUUUGCCGCGGGCCGAAUCCCCGCUCUGUGUUCGACAAAGUCGGAGAGGAAGAGGGAGGCUCUCGACAAGAGAGACCUGGCGCAGAGAAUACAGGCAGAGGAAGAAGGAACAGAGCUUUACGCGAUGCGGCUGCGAGACGCAUGCUGGAGCGGGAGGCCCUCGUAGUCGAUGCGAGAGGACGAUGGGAGCAAGGCGAGUCGAUAGGGGAGAGAGGCGAAGCAGAAGACGGGUACGUGACUCCGCUGUUGAGCGCUUUCGCGGCAGUAAGGCAGGGGCGGAAAGAGAGGGGGGCCGACCCUCGGCGCGACGACGCGUUCAGUCCAAGCCGAGCCGGUUGCUCUUCAUUUUCCCUCGGGAAAAGCGAAGCACUGACACAGUCGCAACGUUUAGGGUACGCGCGCUCCACAGGACACCCACAGGGCUCUGCUUCAGGCCUGCGCAGCGCCUCCGAUUCGCCUCUAGCUGCUCUAGAGCCGGAGACAGACGAGCACGCGGCGGACCAUGCCCAGCUGUUGCCUGUCUCUUCCGCGCCUCGCGCCUCUCCCGGCGGCGUUUCACCCUCCAGUCGCUCUGCAUCCGCUUUUUCGUCUGCCUCCGUUCUGGAGUCACGGUUUGGUGUGGCUGUGUCGCCGUCCGUCUUUGAGGCGCUGACGAACGACAUGCGUCGGCUCGAGUCACUCAUGCUGCCAGGGACCGAGGACCAGGCAGGGAUGCGCCGCUUCCUGUCUCAGCUGCAGGAUCUGCUAAAUGGCGUGUUGGACGCGUGCGUUGUGACGCCGUUCGGGUCCGCAGUCAACGGCCUGUGGACACCGCAGAGUGAUUUGGAUGUGUGCGUACAAGUGCGCGAGGCUUCGACGCGUGCUAGCCAGAUAAAGGUCCUGAGACAAGUUGCACAUGCUUUGCAUCCUGUGCAUACUCACCUGGUCGAGCCCCGCUUCCAGGCGCGUGUUCCCAUAAUUCACUGGAGCCCUCGCUUUUCACACUCGGCCAGCGGUCCUGCACUUUUGGGGCGGUUCCUCCGCGACCCGGUUGCUCGUGCCUUGCAUGAAAAGCCGGGGGAUGCGCGGUCGCGAGGAAGGGAAGACGAAGAGACGGGCAGAAGAAAUGAUUCGUAUGGCGAGGGGGAUGGGGAGCGGAACACCCAGAUGGUGUCUUGUGACAUAAGUGUGAACAACCUGCUGGCUGUGGUCAACAGUAAACUUUUGGGCGCAUAUGUAGGGAUUGACCCUCGACUGCGAACUCUCGGGUACGCAGUUAAGUUUUGGGCCAAAGGACGAAAUAUAAAUGAUCGGUCUCGCGGUACAGUGUCGUCGUUCUCUCUCGUGCUCAUGCUCAUUCAUUUUCUUCAGAAUCACGUCCAACCGCGCAUUUUGCCGUCUCUCCAAGACAUGGCAAUCCACCAGCGCCUGCCGCCGGUGUACAUUGGGGGAGUCGACUGUAGGUACACCACAGACCCGGAAGCGGUUAAAAAAGAGCUCGAGUUUCUCCGUGGGGGCGCACCUCCGAAUACGGAGAGCCCUGGAGAGCUUCUGCUCCAGUUUUUUCGGUAUUUUGGGUACGAGUACAGAGGGGGCGUCAUUGCCAUACGCAACAUUUCUCACUUUUGUCUACCUCCUCGUGCAUCUUCCUUGGACACGAAGGGAGUUUUCGCAGACUACGGAGGGGGUUCACUGUUCCGCGAUAAACGGCCUAAGCUCGGUGCGUCACGGAGAGUGCUUCCGCCUCAGAAGACGUCGGCAUGGGGUCUAGACGGCGCCUUGGGAGAGGAUGAAAAUAUGGCUUCUUCGUUUGCCUCGAACGUCGCUGGAAGCGACACCCGUGAGGGAAGAGCGGGAGACGAUGAUUUGCUCGCUUCCCUAUCCGCCUCGCUUAGAGAAGCAGAUCUCCACAGCAGCGGGGGAGAUUUCCUUGUCGUUGAUAAUCCGUUCGAAGUAGGCAAAGAUGUGUGCAAUGUCCUACCGUGCCAGUAUCAACGAAUCCGCCACGAAUUCAAACGUGCGUUCCGUAUGCUUGCUGAUGGUGCGUCCUUUCGACAGGUUGCCUCUCCCGAUGGGAAAACGGCUUUUCGGUGA